AUGCCUCUCUUCGGACACAAGAACAACGCCCAUGAACCAACGCCUGCGCAGACGACAGCUCCCAGAUACUCGAACUCUGCUGACGGCAGUCCUCGAAGAGGCUUUUUCAGCCGGCAUCGUUCAUCCUCUGCCUCUUCCGCGGACCUCGACUCGCACAACCGUCGCCAUGGUUCCAACAAGCUCUCCCACGGGUCGACCCGGAGCUCUGGCGGUCUCUUUCACCGUAAUCACGAGGACCCCUCUAUCAUUGCUGCAAGGGAGCAAGUCCUCUCGGCUGAAAAUGCCGAGCGCGAGGCGGAUCGUGCCCUUGUUCAGGCAAGAGCAGCCGUGAGGGAGGCGAAGGACCGUGUUAAGAUGCUUGAACGCGAGGCUGAGGAAGAGGCUCGUCUGGCGAAGAUCAAGCAGCACCAAGCCAAGGACAUUUCGAAGCGAGCUAAACCACUUGGACGUGAGUGCUAUUACGCCCCUGGGUUGGCGAGCGCGCAGACGUUGACAUUUUCUGCUUUCCAGGUCAUGACCACUAUUGAGUUGCAAGUCAGUCAUACAACGAGUCUGUCGAAGCACCAGUUGUUUAGAGAUUGCGCUUCGUGA